GUUCAGUUAUUUUCCUUGUCUCAGUUAGGCAAACACUUUCGCUAGGGAACGUUUAGAUUGGCGAAGUGGGGAAAAUACUUAACGAAUACACCGCACACACAGCAGUCAAACUAGUUAACUAGCUAACCGAGUAAAAUUCAGUCAGUUUUGCUUAAAUUAAUUGAGGAUUGCAACGAUGGCCAGCUGCGACGUGCAGGCGACUCCAUCCCAGGAGGAGCUCAAGAACAACGAGAAUAUCAAGAACGUGAAAAACUCCGAGGAGAGUCGGCCGUUGAACCUGAAACCCCAUAUCGAUAUUGAUGGCUCGUCGGAGAGCGACAUUCGUCCUGCGCGCGGUUCGGCGACCAGGAUGACCAGAAUCCCGGCACCCGUGUUUUCGGGUCCGAGUGGCAGCCACCGAGUGAGCAACCGGCUCUACAGCUCGGUGGUCCGCCAGUCCCUGGAGCGCAGUUACCCCGAAGACCAGACGGUGACCGACGACUCGGGCAUUCACUUGGAGUCCUCAAUCUCCGACGAACUGGAGUCGUCUCCGCUGUCGGUCAGACCCAGUCCCAUUCUGCAGACAAUUCUGGACGCGAUUCCCGGCACCAGCAGCGAAGAGGAACUCCGGCGGGCCGAGGAGCAGACUCUCAAGGAACUGCAACGCGUCGUCGCCGAAAUGGAGGCCGAUGUGGGCAUGGAUGACCUGGAGGUGGCGAGUCUGUAUUCGGAGUUGCAUGGACAAAAUGUGGUUCUUGAGGUCUUCGACAUUCCAGAUUAUUCUGUCAUUGAUAUCGAACAGCCCUCUGCAAACGAAACUGACAACCAAAAAUCACAAUUAAUUGAUCCUGAUCGGAGAUCAAGCAAUGAAGAACCUGCAAAGGAUCCUUUACAAACUGCAGAGAAAAAGAAAACUGCUGAUAAAAAGGCAACUCCUGAAGACGAGGCAACUUCUAUACCAGAGGAGUCUCCUGGAAAGGAUGAAACGGAUUCCGUGGCAUCCUUUGAGCGGUUGGCCCAAGAGCCAAGCGAGGACUAUCCGCAGAUUGUUAUCCAGGAGCCCUCUGAUGAAGCAGAGGACACGGAAGCACAGAAACCUGUAAUCGAAUCUCUGCUGGACGAACUCGAGAUGGCCAUAAACGGUGGUUGCGAAACCGAAGAGGAAAGGCUACUCAGGGAGCAGUUCGUGAGAGGUCCCGAUGUAUUGGGCCAGAAGUUUACGCGUCCAGCAGACGAGAGCCUUUCCACCACUUCGGUAGAAGGAUUGGCCGCCCGUCCCUCGAACGAUGGAUCCGUGGAGAGCGAUCGCAGGAUGGUUCCCUUGGAGAAGCUCUUCGAUCCGGAGCACAAUGCGGAGCUCCUGCGCCACCUCCUUCUGAUUGGAGCUGAAGAAAAGGCCGAGGCCGUGCAAUUCUCGCCCAGAAACGAAGCCGCGGAGGACAAUAAAUCGGGGGAGGUUUCGGGUACGGAAACCGAGGACGAGGAGGAUCGGGAUGAUGCCAUUCAGGAUGGCAAGCAGCCUGGUUUCCUGCGACGCCUAAUUGGUCGCAAGUUACUGCAGUUCAGCUAUCCCAUACUCUUCUGCAGCCUGGCUCUCGGCUUGAUCUACCUUGCGCGCAAGGAAUAGGCCUCCGUACUCAAAAUGCAAAUUAGAUCGUUAUACAAAAGCAAUAUGAACAGAUCCGACUCCGGUAUUCAUAUAUACAUAUAUGUGCAAGGCACUUCAAAAUCACCCGACGCAUUGGCACUUGGUUGCCUUAUUGAAUCUAUUUUUCAAAUAAAUAUGCUCAAAGCAA